AUGAAGAAAGCAACACAUACGGAAUUUGAGCGAUUCGACGACCAAGGCAAACUUCCAUCAGACAACUUGAAGAGCACAAUGGCACCCCCAAAGCGCAAGGCGUUCAUCAACGUCGACCUAGGAGAAGGAUAUGGCAACUUCAAAUGCGGCCCAGAUGAGGAGCUUAUACCGAUGAUUGACCAUGCUAACAUUGCAUGUGGAAUGCUAACAACAUCUCAGUGCCGGCACGGAGUCAAGACCGGCGCCCAUCCGGGUCUUCCAGACGUGCAGGGGUUCGGCCGCCGUGAGAUGAAGCUGGCGCCAGAGGAGCACACGGCCAACAUCAUCUACCAAGUCGGCGCACUCAAGGCCUUCCUCGACGCCGAGGGCAUGGAGCUGCACCACGUCAAGCCCCACGGCAUCCUCUACGGCAUGAUGUGUCGCGACCCAGAGGUCUGCAAAGCCGUCUGGGCCGGCGUGCCGAAGGGUAUCAAAGUGUUUGGCCUGGCCGGGACGCACAUGGAGAAGGUCGCCAACGAGAUGGGCAUUGAGUUUGUGGCAGAAUUCUACGGGGACGUCAAGUAUACUGCCGAGGGAGCUUUGGUGAUCGACCGGAAGAAGAAGCCGUGGAAGGUCGAGGAUGUGAAGAAGCACGUACGUCAGCAAGUUGAAGACUCGGCGGUAACGGCUGUCACGGGCGAGGUGGUGCAUCUGCCGACGAAGGACUACGCCGUCUCCCUGUGCUGUCACUCGGACUCGCCGGGCUGUGUCGAGAUUGUCACGGCGGCUCGGCAGGUGGUGGAUGAGUACAAUAAGGCCAACGGCUUUGCAUAG